GCGAUCAAAUUCUGGUGGCUGGACGUGGUCAAACAGCCGGUUUAGGCUCGGUUCACGCGGAUGCCAGCUCGUCAAUUUAAUGUUUAAUUGUGUCGCUGUACUACUUUUUAUCUGGCACUCUACUGCAUUCAGGGUCGGAUGACGAAACGCGACGAUAAUGUGCUUUUUGCGCUCUUUAACGUUUUGUCGUUACGUCAGACCGUGACAUCAAGCUAGCUUGAAUCGACUACGAGCAUUUCAAAGUAAAAGCAUGCAAGUUGUCACAGAAACCGCUUAAGCUGUUUUGCCAGAGCCUUGAUAUGCGCACUACAAUGAACGAGAAACCGGGGAACGGCUGGUAAUUGGAAUAACCUGUUUCACAUUUAAAGGCUCCAGUAUGUCGAAGGAACAACCUUGCUCGUGUGAGCAGAGUCCCGGUGCUACAUCUGUGAAAAGUGCAAAAGAGAAGGACCCGUGUGCGGCUCUCCUGGCAAAAGAUGACAGCAAAGCGGAUGCAGAUGAUUCCAGCGCACGGGGCUCAAACUGCAGCUCAGAAAAGGACUCUGGCUACUCUGAUGGCUCAGACUGGCAGCAGACCGACGUGGAGGAUCAGCGGACAAACCGGAGCCAGUCCAGAGGCGGUGAGCGUGCAGAACCUUCACAGUCCAGCCAGAACCAAAGACCCGGGCUUGGGAGUGCCGGGAAUCCCAGCUUCAUGUCAGCAGGCCAUGAGCUCUCGCCCAUCUACAUUAUCAAGAACAUGGCGGACGUGAUCCAAAAAAGAGGUCAGCUGAUCUGGACUAAUGCGAGCAGGGACACCAGCAGUUCCAGUGCUCCCCAUAUGAUCCUUCUGCCGCAGCCUAGCUUGUUGCCAUCCACUGUUCAACUCCACAAGCCCUUGUCCUUUAAUGCUGCCUCAGGGAGGAAAAUAAAAGGCCCUCGCCCACCUGUUCGUAACGCCUACCCUCGCAUAGCACCGCACCCCAGCAAGAAGCCACCUGAAGCCAGUCUGAGUAAGAGGGUCAGUGGCAAGCUUAGUGAUCCACCCGAGCCCCGGAGUUCAGCUGAUCAGCACCUCUUCAAGCAGCCUUCGGUCUCCGUCUCAGCCUCUGUGCAGCCGUGUUCCUCUUCACCCAAAGACACUCGCUCUCCCUCCAGUUCCACGACUUCCUCCUCGCGCCAAACGUCUCAGUCGGCGUCCAGCCCCCACGGGGCCUCCUCGAUCCUCGCCACCAGGCGGCUUCACAAAAGCGCCACCACUAGCACCCGCCACCGCCGCUUCCUCAACACGGUGGAAAUCCUCCGGCAGUCGGGUUUGUUGGACAUCACGCUGCACACGAAGAAACUCCUGCGCCAGAGCAACGCCACGGAACGCGACAUCGCCCAGCUGCGUCAGCACACGGGGCUGCUGUGCCAGGCUGCCGGCAGCCACAGCCCAGGUGGCAUCACGCGGUGGGAGCAGCUGUAUCGCACCAUGGCAGAGUCCGGUAAUUACCCCGAUUUAGACAUCAACACUCAUCCAGACUCUGCCACACAACCAGAAACUAUCUCCAUGGCUAAAACCAACAGGUCAGGUGCUGGGAGCUCAGACGCAGCAUCUGCUCACCUUUCUACCAGCAUAGCACAGCCAAACCAGAACUGUCCCGUACCACAGCAACCACGCCAAAGGCAAGGCAGGGAGUUUGACGCCAGCAAUAAAUUCUCAGAAAAAGUCACUUUUAUGCCUCCUGACAGCUCUACUGAUUAGCACAGCCUGCAGUGCCUUUACAGAGACAACAAUUACUCAGGGGCAGCCAGCACCGAUCUUCAAGCCUGUGGUUUUAGUGGCUGAAGAUCUUCAUAGUUUAUUCCUGGUUCCUUAAAGCCUAUUUUAUUAUUUUAGUUUCUUAGGGCUCAUACACAAAAUCUCUGCUAGAUUAUAGAAAUCAAAUGACUGCUUGAGAUUUGAGUUACCACAUCUGGUUUGACUUGUCAGAGCCGAUGGAUAAUAAAUGCACUGUGCAAUUUAAUCCCAAAGCACCGUCUCGCUAACAUCCCUCAGCUUUCAUAGAGCCACACAGGACGGGGUCUCGGAUUAUGAGCCACUUAAAGGAUUAGGGAACAACAGUGUUUCCCUGGAGGCAAAGGAAACUGGUUUCUACACAGAUGGUACCUGAUGCCUCGAUGGCAACUGCAGGACAAAUCAGUUAGUUGGUUGUUUCUCAUCAGAACAGACUCAUCUUGCGGUAAAUGAAUGUUGAGGAUGUUUCUUGUUUUUGAAGUGCUGAUGAGGUGAAAUCAGUGCCUUCAGAACAGUGGAACAUGGUUAAUAUUACCAAGCAACACUCACAUCACUUCCAGCACUUGUCAGUAAAGACAAUUCUCUCUCCUCCACUCAAUAUCUUACAGUUUAUACAGAUACAUCUCACAUUGUUUACUUACUGGGUGUGUGACUAUAUCAGAGCAUCUUUAAUAUAUUCUGUUCAGUUCAACAUUCAUAUUUUCUUACAACCAAUCAAUUUUCACUUGGAGAAAGAAUCAAGUGUCACUCUUGCAGUUUUAAUUUUCUUCUACAUUUUGCACCAACUUGCUUCUGAAAAAAAAUCAUUACAUCAUCACAACAUGCAUAACUGAUUGUUUGUGUGGGAGAAACUGUUGAAGAAUCUGUUUUUAGGCCCAAGAGCGGCUGGAAAGUGUGUAGGAGCUGAUAUGGAUGUGAUUUCUUUUUUUUUUUUCUUCCAUUUGUGCUGGUUCAUGUGAGAGACUGCACAGCACACAUUAAUGUAAAAGGUCUAUUUUUAUCAUUCUAAUGUAUUAAAGUGAAAAAUAAAGUAAUAUGAAUAACAAA